UCUUAUAAAUACAUAAGGCUACCCGGAAAACAACUCCAUCUAUAUAUCUUCUUCAUACUCUGCAAAACAUGGCUUCAUCUCUCCGUUCAUUUGCAGCUUCCCUUCUCUUUGUCAUGCUGUUCAUGGCCACUGAGCUGGGGAGAAACACAAUAUUGAUGGCGGAGGCGAGGAAGUGCGAGACGCCGAGCGCCAAGUACAAGGGAUUAUGUGGUCGGAAAAGUAACUGCGCAGCGGUUUGCCUGACGGAGGGGUUCCCGGACGGCGAGUGCAGAGGGUUUAGGCGCCGCUGCAUCUGCAAUAAGCCUUGCUAAUUCAUCGAUAUAAUGGCUAAACAAUAAAUGUUACAAAUCCAACGAACCAUGGAGCCUUAGCUUCUCUAUGAUCUGCUUGUUAAAUUUUAAGCGCGGUUGAAAGUUGGUUUUAAUGGUUAUAUGAAAAUUAACAGUAUCAUCCUCAAGGAAUGACUUUAAGG